GAUGCGCGAGGGGAUCAAUGCGAUUAUUAUAGCAAACUUCUUAACUCUGUAGAACUUAUAAAUCCACGAUGUAAAACAGAUAAUAGUACACCUAUUACAAGAAAAUCGAAUCACAUGUUUAUAGAUUUAUCAAGGUUACAACCAAAAGUUGAAAAUUGGAUAGAAAAGACUAGUAUUAAGGGGUUAAAACCUCGCUGUAUUACACGUGAUCUUAGCUGGGACACUCCAGUGCCACUCGAAGAAAUGAAAGGAAAAGUGUUUUAUAUUUGGUUUUUUGCAUCUAUCGGGGUAUUUGGUGACGAUGCAAAGGAUACCGGAAUACCUGUUUCUGUCUGGAGAUAUUAUUUGAUUUCAUGCCGUCCUGAAACAA